AGCAUAUAAAACCCACUUUUUUUUUUCUUCCUGUGCUAUCGAAUUCUUUCCUCUCCGUCUUUCUCUUGCUUCGGCUAUAUAUAUAUUUAUCUUCUCUAAUUUCUGGUCGGUAUGUGUUUACCUGUUGGUGUGGAUUAUCAACCAUGACCAACGUGCCUAAGUCUCUCAGAUACUUUUCACUUAACAUUUUCAAACAACAGCCCAUUGCAAAGGACCCUUGGCCUUCUUCUUGAUCUUAAAUUCUCUGCGGCCUUUUUCUUUUGUUUUUCAAGAAUCAAAGUAGGGUUUUUACCUUUGUGUAUUAAUCUUGUUCUUGGAUUUUUUUUUUUUGAAGAAAUGGGUAGUGGAGAGAAAAGUUUGAGGAACUUUCAUUUACACCUACCACACCUUCACCAUCAUCAUCAUCAUGCGAAGAAGCAAGCGAGGGAUGUGCCGAAAGGGUGUUUGGCUAUCAAGGUUGGGUCGCUAGGAGAGGAGCAACAGAGAUUCGUGGUGCCCGUCAUAUACUUUAACCACCCGUUGUUCAUGCAGCUGUUGAAGGAAGCUGAGGAAGAGUAUGGGUUCGAUCAGAAGGGUACGAUCACAAUCCCUUGUCAUGUAGAGGAGUUUAGGAAUGUCCGCGGCUUGAUUGAUAGGGAACAGUCCCUUCAUCACCACCUUCAUGUCGGAUGUUUUAGGGUUUGAAUUGUUGUUUAACUGAUCAUCAAAGGAAUUUAUGGUUUUGUAAGUGCCAAACAAGGGCCCAAACCAUGAAGAAAUAGAUUUGAUUGUUCGUAGUAUAAUUUUUUCUUGGUUUUGUAAAUUUGGGAGUACUGUUAUUUUCUAGUUUGUUUUUCUUGCUUUUUCCUGUUUCUUGGUAGGCCUUGGAUGGUUGGUUGAUGAUGAUGAUGAGACGAUGACGACAAACGUUGCUUGCAAUUGCAGUGAAUAUGUUAUUUUGUUAGGAACCGUAAUGGAAAAAAAGAAGUAAAUGCCUUUUCCUUUA